AUGCAUCCCCUCCACUACCUAAGCACAACCCUACUCCUUGCAGCAUGCACAACCUGCCUCCCUUCCCUCUCUCACCAACUCCCAAAUAUCCCAUCUGCAAAAUCAUCUCAAGUCCGCCCCUUCUCCUGGCCUAGCACCAAAGUCCGCGGUGCAAACCUCGGCGGGUGGCUAGUACAAGAGGCCUCCCUCGACACCGCAUUCUGGAACACACACGCCCCCAACGCCCCAGAUGAAUGGACGCUGUGCACCACCCUGGGCUCAAAGUGCUCUUCUGUCCUGGAGCACCGCUACGCCACCUUCAUCACAACCUCCACAGUCGACACCCUCGCCUCAGCAGGCGUGAACCUCCUGCGCAUUCCGACCACGUACGCAGCCUGGAUCGACCUUCCCGGCUCUGGUCUAUACAGCGGAAACCAAACAAAUUAUUUGAGGGAGAUCACAGAGUACGCAAUCGCGAACUAUGACAUGCACAUCAUUAUCGACGUACACUCUCUCCCAGGCGGGCUCAACGGGCUCGACAUCGGCGAGAAGAAGGGGAACUGGGGGUGGUUCUACAAUGCCACUGCGUGGGAGCAGUCGCUGGAGGUCGUCAAUGCCGUGGUGGAGUUUAUCUACUGCUCGAGUUCGCCCUGGUCCUUCACGCUGGAACCCAUGAAUGAGCCGACGGACCGGAAUGGCGACGACGAUCUGACUAUGGCCGUCUUCGGGACGCCCGCAGCGCUAUCGGAUGAAGCUGCGAGCUAUGUGAUGAGCUUUUGGAAGGCGGUGCUCGAGCGGGUGAGGGCUCUUGAGACUAGAUUGGGAGCUGGCGCAACGGGAACUCUUCCUGUGGCAUUUCAGAGCUUCAAGCUUCCUUCUUAUUGGGGGACGAACUUUACUGCGGAGGAGAAUGUUGUCUUUGAUGUGCACAAUUAUUACUUUGAGGGACGGAAUACGACUUCCGAAAACCUGCCAACAUAUAUGCGAUCUGAUGCGGAGGAGAAGUCGAAGGCUGGCGGCAGUGUUCCUGUUUAUGUGGGCGAGUGGGCGAUCCAAGCGGCGUACAGCAAUAGUUUUGCGCUAAGGGAGAGAAAUUUGAAGGCUGGUUUGAGCAUCUGGGAGGAGUAUAUGCAGGGGAGUGCGUAUUGGUCGGCGAGGUUUGAAGGGACUGACGAGGUGGAUGGGGAAGGAAACAAGAGUGAUUACUGGAGUUUCGGGCGGUUUGUUGAGUUGGGUUAUCUUGAUUGA